AGGUGCCGUAUGACACACAUCACGACAAUAUGAUAAAGAUUAAUGUCCAGUGUCUCGCUAGUUUUCGGGCCCCCUACUUUAUGGUCAGCAAGAGCAGUCCGGUUUCUUUUUAGCCACACCUCGUACACUCCUAUCCACUUCAGGAGGACAACACUAUUCUUCAGGAACGUUUUUAAUGGAUUGUUUUGAUACGUUUGUGGCGUGCGUGUUGCAUAUGCAUUUCAAGCCCCGUGCAAGCCCCUGAGCCCCCUGAGUGAGCGCGCGGGCUGAGAGCAAAAGGGAUUGGAAGUUUUGGUUGAGAUCAAGAUGGAGCCACUUGAAAAACUGGAUGAAAUAUUUGAGCUUGACAGUGACCAAGAGUGUGACCUGAGACCAAUUGAUAGUGAUGACAGUGAUGAUGAAUUUUCUCAAGAUCUUGUGCAGCGUCUUCAGCGUCUGGACAAACAGCGUCCCAGAUCAAGGCAGCAAGGAGGUGCCAAAAAGCCCGUGGUGGUUGAGGAUGAGUUCGAGCGGGCCGUGAACGCCGAGCUGUCAGCCUCAAUGGUGGCGCACUGCCGCCGCCUCGCACCCCAGCUCGUCAGCGACCGUUCCCUACCGGCCGCUUCGGCGGAGAGCCGGGGAGACUCGGCAGCUGAGACAUCCCAGCCGUCCGCCACACCGGCCGCCGGUACUGCGUCGGCGAACGGCGCCAAGACCCCCUCCAAGGGAGAGAAGAAACAAGAGGCCAAGAAACCGGAACAGGAGUACUAUGACGAUGUGUAUUUUGACUCCGAUGACGACUCUGAGACGGGAGAUGACGCCAAAAGUCCGGGUGCGCCAGCGGAUGCGGCGACAGCAGCCACCGUCGAUGCCAAGCUGGACUCAGAAUCUCCUGCAGAUGGCAGGGCGGCGGGUGCGCCGGCGGCCGACCCCGGUAGUAAGCGGUCGGAGCGGCGCCGCCGCCGCCGGCCGGUUCUGUCCAACGAUCAGCUGUUGUACGACCCGGAGAUGGACGAGCGGGACCAGCAGUGGGUGGACCGGCAGCGGCGGCGCUACCAGCCCGCCGGCGGCAGCUCCACUGGAAACCUACAGUCGAAGCCCACUAAGCUGCCGCACAGUGACGCGGUGCUCAACUGUCCUGCUUGUAUGACCAUGCUGUGUCUCGAUUGUCAGAGACACGAGCUAUACAGUAAUCAGUACCGCGCCAUGUUCGUCUUCAAUUGUGACGUGGACUCGACUCAGGCGCUCCGAUAUCGUCUCAAAGAGCCGCCGAAGCGCCGAGGACGGCGCGGUGCUGUCGAGAGAAAGAGUCCGACGACCGCUCCUCGCCGGCUGACUCACAGGAACUCUUCAAUCCCGUUAAAUGCGCCACUUGCAAAACGGAGGUGGCUGUAUAUGAUAGCGAUGAGGUGUAUCAUUUCUUCAAUGUGAUAGCGAGUCACUCGUGAGGUCGUUGUUGAGUUAUGAUCUGUGUCUGAUUUUCUGUCGGUACCCGUUUCACGUGAAGCCCUCGUUUUGUAUACUGAUUUACAGUUGUGCCCCUCUGUCUUGUGUCGUAGGUGGGAAUAAUGAAGACUUAAAACUAUGUGCUGCGUUUUUGUAAAAAAAAAAACUUGACGAACCCAUACAAUAACGUUGCGAAACGCGGAUGCUUGAAUGUUUUGAAAAUGUAAAGGGACUGAGCGGGACUGCUUCAUUUUCCCGCCCUGCGCGAAACUGUGAUGAGACAUAUAUGUAAUGUCGCAUUAGAUCAUAAAAAUACACCAUACAAGACACAAA